CAGCGAUUCCCAAAAAAAAGGUCUACAGUUACACAGUGGGAUCAGAGCCUGACACACGCAAAAUAUCGAUCAAUAAUUAACAUUUUUAAACAAUAAUCGCUGAUCAUCUAAAAUACAAAUCAAUAAUGAUGUACAGUACGUUAAGGAGCAAUUUAUCAUUAAUAUCAAAAGCGAACUUUCAACAAUCUGUUAAACAUGCCCAUCACGCCUGUAAAGUUUUAAUAAUCGGAGGUGGUACCGGGGGAUGUACUAUGGCUGCAAAACUAUCCAAAAAAUUUCAGAAUGCCCCAGAUCACGUUAUAGUGAUUGAACCCCAAGACAUUCACUAUUAUCAGCCAUUAUUUACAUUAGUAGGUGGAGGAAUUAAAAGUUUGAAAUCAUCAAAAAAACAUAUGAAGGAUGUUUUACCACAAAAAGCUCAGUGGCUUAAGGAUUCAGUAACCAAAUUUAAGCCUGAUGAAAAUAUAGUAAUGACAAGUAAUGGUGAUACUGUUGAGUAUCAGCAAAUGAUUGUAGCCAUGGGCUUAGAAUUAUUUUGGGAACAGAUACCUGGUUUAGUUGAUGGCUUGAAGAAUCCAAAAGCUCAGGUCUGUUCAAUUUAUGGAUCAGAUACAGUUUCGGGUGUUUUUGAAAAAAUAAAAUUAACAAAAGAGGGAACCGCUAUUUUUACAUUUCCUAAUUCGUGUGUAAAAUGUCCUGGAGCACCUCAAAAGAUUGCAUAUUUAUCUGAGGAUUACUGGAGAAGAAAAAAAUUACGAGACAAUAUAAAUAUUGUAUACAACACAAGUUUGCCAGUAUUAUUUGGCGUUAAGAAAUACGCGGAUGCACUCUGGGAGGUCUGUAAUUCAAGAAACAUAAAAGUCAAUUGUAGAACAAAUUUAAUUGAAAUAAGAUCUGAUGAAAGGGAAGCUGUGUUUCAAAAUCUCGAUAAGCCUGAAAUCAAGCACACAAUCGAGUACUCCUUUCUUCAUGUAACUCCACCAAUGGGACCCCCAAAGGUCUUGCAGCAGCAUAAAAUAAUAACAAAUGAAGCAGGGUUUCUUGACGUUAAUCCUAAGACAUUACAGCAUAAUAAGUAUAACAACAUCUAUGGUAUAGGUGACUGUACCAGUACACCUAAUUCUAAGACAAUGGCUGCAAUAGCGUCCCAAAGUAAAGUUUUGUACAAAAAUUUAAUGGACAAUUGUGCUGGAAAAGAAAUUAAGAUGGCAUAUAAUGGGUAUGCCUCUUGCCCAUUAGUGACCGCACCUGGAAAGUGUAUUCUUGCUGAAUUUGAUUACAAUUUACAGCCAUGUGAAACUUUUCCAGUGAAUCAGGGCAAAGAAAUGUACUUUACUUAUUUUUUGAAAAAGCAUUUCUUCCCGUUGUUAUAUUGGAAUUUUAUGCUAAAGGGGAAUUGGAGUGGUCCAGAAAUGUUGAGAAAAAUAUUUAGCAUCAUAAAAAAGAAAGAUGCAGAGGUUGUAAAAAACUAAUUUUGCGUGUUUUUUCAACUAAAAGUUGCUUGGUUACUCAAAGUACCAAUCA